UUUCACUGACCUAGUACUCCUAUCUCAGCUCCAUCUGAUUCCAUAAAAUGCAGCUUGGUGGUUCCGUUCCGGGGGGAAAUCCCUCUCUUGGAAGAAACUCGAUCCUUCGGAAGGCCACCCRCCUGAAUCUCGCAGCUCAUUCUCGAUAUCUUACCAUUACGGUUCCAAACAAGCCUUCUUGUAUGGAGGGAAGAACAACGAAGGCAAAGAGUUUGACGACAAAAUGUAUUCACUGAUAAUACAUCAGACAGGUGAAGGAUCUGUUCAAGUAAAAUGGAAAGUAUUAGGAGACUGUAGAGGGAACCAUUCACCAGGACUUAUCAGUGGCCAUUCAUCGGUUUGUGUUGGAGACAAAUUAUACAUUUUUGGUGGUAAAAGCAAAGAUGGAASAUACCUUAACUCAUUGCACCAAAUGGACAUCAAAACAAAUGGUUGGAGUGAAGUGAAAACCACAGGACAGCAACCACAGCCAAGGACAGACCAUGCCAUAACUUGUGUUGGCMCAAGGAUCUAUUUAUUUGGUGGAGAAGGAGAAAAUGGACUGUUAAAUGAUCUGUAUUUAUUUGAUGUUGAUAAUAAAACAUGGCAAAAGAUGCCUACAGGAAGAUUAACACCCAGUGGACGACAUGGAGCRGCAUUGCUAGGCAUGAGAAACACUAAUGAUGAUGGUGAUUUGUUGUGCUUGAUGUUUGGCACUGGCAAAGAUGCUAUUAUGGAUGAAAUGUUUACCUAUAGUACUAUAACAAAGGAAUGGUAUGACAGGCCAAGYAAAGGCCAGUUAAGCCAUGGGAGAAGCUACUUUUUAUCAUGUCUUUUAAUGGCUGGGAAAAUUCUAAUAUUUGGAGGUACAUCAACGUUAGCUAAUCAAGAAGUUGGACCACAGAAUGAUAGCUUUGUAUACAAUGUUUUGGGUGGRAACUGGAGCAAACUGCAGCAAGCAGGGGAUGAGUCAGGACACAUCCCAACACCAAGAUCACACAUGGCUGGGUUUAAACAUGGAGGUGAUGGCUUUGUUGUUUACGGAGGUUUGGACAGUGCUGGAAAGACCCUUGGUGAUUUGUGGUAUGCAACAAUUUGAAAAUAAAGAAAAGAAAUUUGUACGACCUUGAAAAGGUUUCUCAGCCUUUAAGCCAUUUUGAACUUUUGCAAACUUGAAGAGGCUUGUUUACACUGUAUUUAGUACUCCCAAUAUCUUUGAUAGUUUACAGUGCUACGUGCCGUACCGUGAACACUUCUACAAGUUUUUAAUUUCUUUUUGACGUCUUUUUGACAACUUUUUGAAAACUUUUUUCACCUUGAUGUUUGGAUAGGCAGAUUUCAAACAUUGAUGUAACAAUACUGAAACAUUAAAGUGAAGCACCAAAACAUAAUCGCUUAGCAGUAARGAGAUCAAUUAAAACUUGUCAAAAACUUUCUUGUUGUAAAAACUUUGGAACUGAAUUUGGUGACAAAAAUAAGAAAGGUUUACAAUUAUCUAAAGUUCAAAGAUUCAGGUGCAGUCCUUAGCAACACAAGUUGUACCACCUACCAACYCACAUAACUGCUCAAAUUGGGGUCCCAAGCAUUGUGUGUGUCAAGCAAUAUUGAGGAAGCCCUAAUAUGAAUGAAGUAAGUCAUAGAAGUCACUUAGUUAAAUCCUAAAAAUGCACUUCUCUGCCCUGCUUUGCAUAAAAAUGCACAAUAUUGCUGCAGAAUACUGAUAAUUAUACCUCUUUAAACAUGAAUUGCAUUUUAGUUUUCGUAGAGAAAAUGUAAGAAUGCGUGGCAAACAUAUAAAUACUGUAAGAUGCAAAUAAGUCAUUAAGAGUAUAAUUACACAGUUUCCAUUUAUUGCAUAACACUCUCMAUCAAGUAUCAGCUUACAGGGUUUUAGACAACAUCAACCACCCAUGCUUUAGAAGUAUUUACAUCGGCAGUGUCAUAGUGUCUUGAUACACCUCUCUCGCCAAUUGAAUGGUUCAGAAGAAAGAGCACCUUCAUCAGUGAGCAAGGAUAUUUGAAUUGACCACAACUCACGUCAUAAUUUCUCUUUCUUUAAAACACCAUUCACUGUCUUGCUUACGAAUGUGUUAUGUUAUGAAGGUCUGUGCAAUAUGAUUAUUAUUCCUUUUGAGGAAUUUUGUGCAAUUGUGUAGAAAAGUAGGUAGAAAAAAGAUGUUGAAAAUUUCUGAAAUUUUCUACAAAAAGCUCAAAGAAGAAACAGUACUUAUGACAAUAGAAAAGAAGGCUGCAAUGAUUAAAUUCUAACAACUAAGUAAUUAUAGAGAAUAUGGAAUUUGAUCAAAAGUAAGGUAAAAAACAUCGGGGGGCUUCUUAAGAGAAAUUUAAGGGUAAAUUGCUGUGAUAAGACUCAAUAAAAUGAAAUUUGAAA